UAUGAUAUCAUUGUGUUGCACAUAAUUUCACAAGAUGGAUGAGGCUCUUGCAGGCCAGUGACGAAAGCUAGAAAACAAUAUCAUAUAGUAAUAAAAUUUAUAUGUCAUAUAGUGUUAUGACUAUUCAAUUUUAUCACCAACCCAACACUUAAAUCCCAUUUAUUCUCCCAACCAAACGGUCCUGGCUAAGAGUUUGUAACAUGGUUCCAAUUUGAUCACAAGCCAUGACGCAUGAUCAAUGUCAUGCUUUGUGCACACUAUAAAUCUCAUAUAUUUUGAGACAUUUUACCAUAUAGAUUCAUAACAUAUAAAUCUCAUUGAUCUUGCAAUUUCUAAUGGGGAUCCAUUUGAACAAAGUCACAAUUCUUGAUAUUGAGCUUCGAGUUUUCUUCCUAGUAUUGCUCUUGUUUAGGAUUUCAACUUCAGACAAUCUACCAGCAAAUUUUGUAUUUGGAGAUUCACUUGUUGAUGUAGGAAACAAUAAUUACAUUCUUUCUCUCAGUAAGGCUAAUUUUUUGCCUUUUGGUGUUGAUUUUGGUAGACCAACAGGUAGAUUCACUAAUGGAAGAACCAUAGUCGACAUCAUUGGUCAGGAAUUAGGUUUUGAUUUAACUCCGCCUUAUUUGGCACCAACAACAAUUGGACCGGUGAUUCUAAAAGGCGUAAAUUAUGCUUCUGGCGGGGGUGGAAUUCUUAAUCUCAGCGGACAAGUUUUGGGUGGUAGAUUAAACUUCGACGCACAGAUAGAUUACUUUGCGAAUACCAGACAUGACAUAAUCUCUAGCAUCGGCGUACCUGAAGCUCUUGAUCUAUUAAAAAACGCGUUGUUUUCGGUCACAAUUGGUUCAAACGAUUUCAUCAAUAACUACUUAGCACAACAUGUUGCAUAUGCUAUGUACAAAUCAGAUUCUCCUGAAACCUUCGUCACCACCUUGAUAUCAAAACUCCGAACACAACUCACUAGGUUAUUUAAUUUGGGAGCUAGAAAAAUUGUUGUGGUAAAUGUUGGGCCAAUAGGGUGCAUACCAAAUCAGAGAGAUGCAAACCUAGUUGAAGGAGAUGGUUGUGUCACUUUUCCUAAUCAGCUAGCAAUUUUAUUUAAUACACAGUUGAAGAGUCUAGUUGCUGAGCUCAACUCGAAUUUGGCGGGUUCGAAGUUUGUUUACGCAGAUGUCUACCAUAUUUUAGAAGAUAUACUCAUAAAUUAUGCAGCAUUGGGUUUUGAGAAUCCUUCUUCUGCUUGUUGCAGCAUGGCUGGAAAAUUUGGAGGUUUGAUACCAUGUGGUCCUACCUCAAAAGUUUGUUGGGACAGAACGAAGUAUGUGUUUUGGGAUCCUUACCAUCCUUCUGAUGCUGCAAAUGUUGUUAUAGCCAAACGUCUCUUAGAUGGUGGUUCUGCUGAUAUUUCACCGAUGAAUAUUCGACAACUCUUUCGGUCCUAAGGCAUUUGGAUUGGAUCAUUUAUAGAUGCACAUUUGGGCUUUGUUGUGUGUGAUUAUAUUAGGAUACUUGAAAUUAUUUAUUCAAUCUUCAUUCAUCGUCGUUCAUUCUUAAUAA